AUGAGUGGAAGACAAUUUGUCAACCUGGACCUGGACCUGGACCCUUCCCCUCCACAGGGCCCCAACCUGAACCCUCCCCCCACAGGGCCCCAACCUGAACCCUCCCCCCACAGGGCCCCAACCUGCACCCUUCCCUCCCACAGGGCCCCAACCUGGACCCUUCCCAUACACAGAGCCCAACCUGGACCCUUCCCCUCCACAGAGCCCCAACCUGGACCCUUCCCUCCCACAGGGCCCCAACCUGGACCCUUCCCAUACACAGAGCCCAACCUGGACCCUUCCCAUCCACAGAGCCCCAACAUGGACCCUUCCCCUCCACAGGGCCCCAACCUGGACCCUUCCCCUCCACAGGGCCCCAACCAGGACCCUUCCCCUCCACAGGGCCCCAACCUGAACCCUCCCCCCACAGGGCCCCAACCUGCACCCUUCCCAUACACAGAGCCCAACCUGGACCCUUCCCCUCCACAGAGCCCCAACAUGGACCCUUCCCCUCCACAGAGCCCCAACAUGGACCCUUCCCUCCACAGAGCCCCAACCUGGACCCUUCCCUCCACAGAGCCCCAACAUGGACCCUUUCCUCCACAGGGCCCCAACCUGGACCCUUCCUCCACAGGAGCCCCAACCUGGACCCUUCCUCCACAGGGCCCCAACUUGGACCCAUCCCCUCCACAGGGCCCCAACCUGAACCCUUCCCCUCCACAGGGCGCCAACCUGAACAUUUCCCCUCCACAGGGCCCCAACCUGGACCCUUCCCCUCCACAGGGCCCCAACCUGGACCCUUCCCCUCCACAGGGCCCCAACCUGGACCUUUCCCCUCCACAGGGCCCCAACCUGAACAUUUCCCCUCCACAGGGCCCCAACUUGGACCCCUUGCUUGUAAACAAUGUAAUUGUAAAUGCUGUGUAG